AUGAAUACAAACGGCACAACGCCAAAGUUCUUGCCACCCCACACACCUCGCGUCAAAGCGGACGGCGACAGUCUUUUCAGGGACCAAAAGUACUCAGAGGCCAGCGUGAAGUAUACUGGCGCGAUUAAUUUUGCGAACGAGGAGAGUUUCGAUUCGAAGAUGAAGGCUGUCCUGUAUGCCAAUAGAGCCCUAUGUUACAAAAACAUGAAGCGGUUUGAGGAGGCUGAGGUGGAUGCUAUCAAGGCAACCGAACUUGAUCCAAGCUACGCCAAAGGCUGGACUCGACUUGCAGCAAUCGAAGAUGCUGGACAAUGCUUCUCACGCGCAGUUGUUAGCUGGCAACGAGCCUUGGACGCCCUGCCAUCUAAUAGGACGCUUACCACCCUCGAGAUCAAUGCGAAACGCGAAUAUGAGGCCUACCUGGCUAUUUCACAAGAAAACCUCGAGAAGCAGGGAGAAAAUGUCCAUGUGCUCUCCAAGCAAGGCUUCCAGGUACUAACGCCCCCUGGCCAAGCACCUUGGGACCGUGCAAGCGCCCUCAUACAGCCUCUAGGAAAGAAGGCCGAUAAACGAAGUAGUAUCUGGUCCGUAGUGCAAGCUCGCAAGACAUUCGUUGCAGGUGUCACGGCUCUAAGAUCCGCUGAAUGGCGUCAAACCUACAGAAAACCGACUUUACCCUUUCCAUUUGCGCAGGGUCUUCAAGUCGAGACCGAGGGCAGAAACCUUCAUUUUGACGACCUUCUUUACCUAAGCGAUGCGAUACUAUUGAACGAGCGAGUUUUCUCUAUGUACGAUCCUCGUUAUCCCGAAGAGCUCCCAAAAAUCGUCGAUUAUUAUCGCGAAGUUGGGCCGUUGGGUGCAUUCGAGUAUAAAAUCGACUACGACCUUCACAAGUUCUCGAACGACUUGCUCGACGUCCUGUGCACCAAAGGCUCUGAAUUCACCAGUCCAAGGAUCGCCAUCAUCAUUCGAUCGUGGAUUUUGCUUAGCCACAAGGCCCUGCGAAUUGACCAUGAUUACACAACCGCUUUCCAAUGGAUAUACAAGGCCUUUGAUAUCAUAAAAUGGGUUCGGAGGGACCUUUGGCACGAGGUCAUACUUGUUGAGGAAGCGGGGGUCGUCUUCGAGGACCUCUUCUAUGUCAGCGUCCACUGUGCACUUCUGGAUAUCUAUCAGCGCGGCGUCUCGUCGAAUGUGCCAAAGUUUACUCUUCCUGAUUUACUGGAUGCCGUGACAAAGCUGAAAGAGACCGUGAAGUCUAUAGAGGCGCGGUAUAUAAUCGGGUCCCAGAAUAUGUGCCACGAACUCCAGCUCAUCGCUUACCCGCGAGCCUUCGCGUACGCAGUGGAAGGUUACUUUUACCAACAAUACUCCACAUCAGGGAUGUACAAGGACAUCGGAGACUCAAAAGCGCAUCUUAAAAAGGCACACCGUUGCUACUUGAAUGCCGCAGCGUUGUAUCCAGAAGACGAUGAAUACCACACUUUCAUGCUCAAAUUAGCACUGGAUUGUCUUCUGGAACUGGAAGCGCCAUUGAACGAGACAAUUCCUCUCGCUAUUCGAGUCACAAAUGCUGCAAAAAAAAUGCUCCCCAUCUGGGAGUUCUCAACACUGAUGCAGCACGGAUCAAGUCUUUCACCUUAUGGCCCCUUCAAGACACAAUUGGAGGACGUGGAGGCCUACGCCAAGGGGUCUGUUCAUUCGACUUGGAUCCCGACACUGUCUGUACCCUCGUGA